AACUUAAAGAUGCUUCGCCUACUGAUCUUUCUGGCUGUGAAUAUUCUGGGCUGCCUGGCAGCCUGCAAUACCUGCAAUUCGAAUGGCAUAUCCUGUACUUCCGACACCGAGUUCCAGUUCUGCUCCUCUGCGAGUGAACCCAUUGGAGAUCUCUACAACUGUCCCAGUGGAUACUACUGCACAGACAGCACACCUAUAUGCAGCUCCGUAGCAACUUCGGCCACCUGUACAGGAUGCAAUACGUGCAGCACGGAUAAGCGAUUUGCCUGCACUGGACGGAAUACGUUUGCCUUGUGUUUGGGAGAAUCUACGCCUAGUGCAUCGAUCGGAGGAAGUUGCGGCACGGAGUUGGUGUGCAACGUGGAGAACGAGAACAUCUGCGGCAGUGCCACUAAAUAUGCAGUUACUUGCUCUGGUUCGGGAUCCAGUACUUGUGGAUCUACAACCAUUACAAAUGCCACGGAGUAUUGUCAAUCCCUCCAAGCUGUCGGAAGGUAUCCCUAUGGCGCGGUUACUGCCACAACCUGCAGGCAAUAUGUUAACUGCUAUAUUGCUAAUGGCGUUUACCUUGGAAACGUUUACAGUUGUCCUGGAAGCACCUUCUUUGACAGUACUUCCCGUCUUUGUACCACCCAAACGCAGGCCAGAUGCUCGGAUACUGUGACUUGUCUGUCACUGAACGGCCGAUCGUUGCCAUAGAGUUAAGAUUAAAGUUAAGCUGGUAAGGGCUUAGAGUAUCUUUAUUGUGGUAAUUGUCACAGGGGAAAGGGAAUCUUAAUCAAAUCAAGUAAAGCCUUUCUAAAAGCCAAA